UCAUGAUCAUAGCUUCCGACACUUUCUAGAAUCCGCUUCCCAGCUUAUCUACAUGCUUCUAUUUUUUUCCAUUUCCUCCAUCCUUCCACCGGAAAAUUCACACAAAUUCAGCUCCGGAAGCUCGGCCAUUGAUAAACUAAUCAACUAUGGCGACUUACAGGUGGAAGAGCUUCGUCGAGGACCAAGACCGCCCUGAAAAACCUCGGAGAUUCGGUGUAACGGAGAUUCGUGGCCCAAAUCACAACUCUCUCUUCUCUCACAACUUGCUUCAGGAUAUGUUGGAGUCUGUGGGGCAGUUUGUUGAUGGUUUGAAGUUUACAGGAGGCUCUGAAAGUUUGAUGCCAAAAUCCUUCAUUAAAGAAGCAACAAAAUUAGCCCAUGAACAUGAUAUAUAUGUUAGUACAGGUGAUUGGGCCGAAUAUCUGCUUCAAAAAGGUUCAUCUUCUUUCAAAGAGUAUAUAGAGGAAUGUAAGCAGCUGGGAUUUGAUACAGUUGAGCUAAAUAUGGGUUCACUUGAACUUCCUGAAGAAACUUUGUUGAGAUACAUAAGGUUAAUUAAGAGUGAGGGGCUUAAAGCUAAGCCUCAGUUUGCUGUUAAGUUCAAUAAGGCUGACAUUCCUCCAACCCGUGCAAGAGCUUAUGGUGCUUAUGUUGUUCCAACACCUCGAACAUCUGAACGUGUGGAGGAUGUGGAUUUUUUGAUCAGAAGAGCCGAGAGAUGCUUGGAAGCAGGAGCAGACAUGAUAACAAUCGAUGCAGAAGACGUCUGUAGAUAUCCCGAUUCUGUUAGAGCAGACAUCAUAGCAAAGGUGAUUGGGCGUCUAGGACUCGAAAAGGCCAUGUUUGAAACAUCAAAUCCCAAAACCUCCGAAUGGUUCAUUAAGCAAUACGGCCCAAAUGUUAACCUUUUUGUUGAUCAUUCUCAAGUGCUGGAUUUGGAGUGUAUUCGAGGGCGUAACUUUGGAAAGAAUCACAAAUCGGUUCUUGAUUCUUCGUUUUUUCUAAGUUGAAAUAUGGUCUACUAUAUGUGAUAUAUGUAAUGUGUAUGCUUAUGAAACUUGUAUUUGUUGUUAUGCAUGUUGUGUGUGUAGCGUGUGAUACCGAACA